AUCAGAAACACACUCAUAUAUAUAUAUAUAUGCAUUAGCGCGUUAUAUUUUCACCGUGGCCUUCAUUUACGCUCAGCAGCUGGCCAGAUGUUGGACGCGAAACUGCUGUCGCUGACCUCGGUGCUGAACACGACGUCAGAUGAACCUGCGCUCACCACAGGAAACACGAUCCAGCCACACUCCCUCUUUGAUUUAUUGAAGCCACCUCAAACACCCACCUCUGCUUUCUAAACUUUGAGCGUUUUUAAUUUUUCCAUUCAUCCUCUACCUCUCUCUCUCCAUCUCUCUCUCUCUCUUCCUCUCCUCUUUUUUGUUGUUGUUGUUGCGGACACGGGUCCAUCACGAUCUACGACGCUGGCUAUCAGUUUCACUCCUUUUUGUUUUCGUCGUGAUGGCACUUGGCGCGGCUACUGUACGCCAGGCAGGAGAUGAGUUGGUGGUGAAUAAAGGCGCGCAGCUCGUUUGAUUCCCAUCUCUCUCUUUUUCUUUUUUUUUUCUUUUGGCGUUUUCGCUUCAUUUCACUGUGAAAAUUAGGCUCGUUCUUUUGGAUCUUCGCCGACCUGGACUCACAUUUAUCAUAACUUGAUCGCGUGUUGUUGCGUGUUUUCCUUGUAGCCGCUGCGGUCGGCCAUCCUGCGCCGUAACAUGACGAGUAAGCAGUAAAAUAAUAUCGAGAAAUUAGGCCUACACAUAGAAACUGGAUAUGGAGUCUGUCAAGACGAGAGCUACGGCGGGGGUGAAGGAAUUUGCGGGGAAGGCCCUGGGUCAUAUGCACAGGGUGAUGGAGAGGAGACAGAAAACCGGUGAGGUUAUCGAGUUGACGGAGGAUGGGCGGCCCCGGGAGGCCGCAGAGAAGAAACCCCCGCUGUGCGACUGCAACUGUUUCGGUCUGCCCCGUCGCUACAUCAUCGCCAUCCUGAGCGGCCUGGGUUUCUGCAUCUCCUUCGGCAUCCGGUGUAACCUGGGCGUGGCCAUAGUGGGCAUGGUCAACAACAGCACCAUCCACCAGAACGGCAAGAUCAUCAUCAAAGAGAAAGCCAAGUUCAAUUGGGAUCCAGAGACGGUGGGGCUGAUUCACGGAUCUUUUUUCUGGGGCUACAUCGUGACACAAAUCCCGGGAGGAUACAUAUCCUCCAGGCUGGCUGCAAACAGGGUAUUUGGUGCAGCCAUUGUCCUCACCUCUACUCUCAACAUGUUCAUUCCCGCGGCUGCUCGAGUCCAUUAUGGGUGUGUGAUUUUUGUGAGGAUAUUACAAGGUCUGGUGGAGGGAGUGACCUACCCGGCCUGUCAUGGCAUCUGGAGUAAGUGGGCUCCUCCGUUGGAGAGGAGUCGUCUGGCCACCAUCUCAUUCUGUGGCUCUUAUGCUGGUGCGGUGAUAGCGAUGCCUCUGGCUGGGAUCCUGGUUCAGUACUCAGGCUGGUCCUCAGUGUUCUAUGUCUAUGGAUGCGUUGGCAUCCUCUGGUACAUGUUCUGGGUCCUUGUGUCUUAUGAGAGCCCUGCUGAACAUCCCACCAUCUCUGAUGAGGAACGCUGCUACAUUGAGGAGAGCAUUGGAGAGAGUGCCAAGCUAAUGGGUCCUUCUGAGAAAUUCAAGACCCCCUGGAAGAAGUUCUUCACCUCUAUGCCUGUCUAUGCAAUCAUCGUGGCCAACUUCUGCAGGAGCUGGACGUUCUACCUGCUGCUGAUUAGCCAGCCUGCAUACUUUGAGGAAGUGUUUGGCUUUGAGAUAAGCAAGGUCGGCAUACUGUCUGCCCUACCCCAUCUGGUGAUGACCAUCAUCGUGCCCAUUGGCGGCCAGCUGGCCGACUACCUACGCAGCAAGAACAUCAUGACAACUACCAAUGUCAGGAAAAUCAUGAACUGUGGAGGAUUUGGCAUGGAGGCCACAUUGCUGCUGGUGGUAGGAUAUUCCCACAGCAAGGGGGUGGCCAUCUCCUUCCUGGUGCUGGCAGUGGGCUUCAGUGGAUUUGCUAUAUCAGGCUUUAAUGUCAAUCACUUGGACAUCGCCCCACGCUAUGCCAGUAUCCUAAUGGGCAUCUCUAAUGGUGUGGGUACCCUGUCUGGGAUGGUGUGCCCACUGAUUGUUGGUACUAUGACAAAGAACAAGACUCGAGAAGAGUGGCAGUACGUGUUCCUGAUCGCCUCCAUGGUGCAUUAUGGGGGAGUGGUCUUCUAUGGGAUCUUUGCGUCGGGAGAAAAACAGCCAUGGGCCGACCCAGAAACGACCAGCGAGGAGAAGUGUGGCUUCAUAGAUGAGGACGAGCUGGCAGAAGAGACCGGCGACAUCACUCAAAGUUACGGUGCCUUUGGAGGUCAGGCUAAGUCAUAUGGUGCAACCACACAGGUGAAUGGAGGCUGGGCUUCAGGCUGGGAGAAGACGGAGGAGUACGUCCAGGAAGAAGCACAGGGAGCAGGCUACGGAUACAGGCAGGAUGAGGGAUACUCCUAGAGCAAACAUACAUUCUCUGACAUAUGAGUAGACUUAUUUCCCUGAGUUCAGUUUAGUCAUAAAAUGUAUCAAAUAACAAAUGAGAAACAAGAAAAACUACAAUCCAUUGUUGUAUUGUUU